UAGAAGUUGCCACUGAGACAAAUUGCACCAUGAAGUGGGUCAACUCUCCUGGGUAUGCUCAGAAUGGAUGAUGGCGACUCAACUGAGCUGCCAUUUGACCGUGUGUUCUGUUGCAGGGGAGCAGACCCGAGUGUUUGUCCAUUGAGGAAUCUCGGGGACAGUGUGGCUGAGGGACCUGAGGGAGUGUGACCGACAGAACAAAGUGUGCAGAAAGCAAAGUGUCCGCAGGGAGCGCGUCACGGUGCCAAACCUCUCCAGAGAGCAGCGGAGCGCGGAGAGGAGUGCGGAGGACACUGCGCCUGAGCUGCGGUGUCUCUUUAAGUACAGCAGGCAGUGCUGUUGGUCCGUGUGUGCGUGUGUGUGUCUGUGUGUGUGUGUGUGUGUCUGUGUGUGUGUGUGUCUGUGUGUGUGUGUGGGAGCGCUUGCAGGGCGCAUGGUGCGGCGCUGCCUCUCCGCAGCGUCACACAGGCUCUCCUUAACAUCGGACGGGCGACGGGAACAGACAGGUCGACCCCGCGCGCACACCCACACACCCACACACACACACAUACACACCCCGCUUGCAGCAGAGCCACGCACGGACCCGAGCAAAUGAGUGGAGCGAGGGAAAGAAGAGGAAGAGGAGAGAGGACUGUCUGCUGUAAACUGGAGAACACACCGGGGCCAUUUACAUCACUCCUCCUCCUUCAUGAGCGCUGCAGCAGCCACAGUGUUAUUGAACGCCUAAUGGGAUUGAUCAACUAGCGCUGGUUGGAUGGGAACACAGUAAAAAACCUCUCUGCUGCUGCCGCUGCUCAUAUUUGUGUGGAUGAUGGUGGAGAAUGAACAUCACGCGUGAGCCCGACGGACACACAGGGAACCAUCCCGAGCCGGGUUACGUCCUGGGAACAGCCUCACGUUCAAGAUGGUGAGUCACGCCCUCUCUCUCCCGGACCGUCUGAGUGAAUAGUCGGCUGCACAAAGGUGAAAGGAUCUGAGCUCAGCUGGUAAAUAAAGCCUUCUUCCCUCUGCUCAGCGUGGGAGAAAGUGCAGCAGCGCGGCUGGUGUGGCAUCUCUGUGGGCUGAUAACUGGAGUGAGAGCCGUGUGGAGCGAUCAUCUUUCACUAGGAGACGCUCACCUUUCAUGCUGUGGCCCUGGAGCCGGCUCUCCAGGCUGGACUGUCAGCGGGAACGCAGAGAGAGACUCUGAUGUGGACACGAUCAGCAGGGCUGCACAGUGCACCAGUGUAAAGCAUCUUUCAUCCAACCGGAGGGGCACACAUGAGAGAAUAGUUAUGCUAUUGUCUGGAUGACCUUGCACAGGAUUGAGAUACUCUUAAUUUUAGUUGGUGCCCAGUGGGGCUGUUUGGUUGAUUCUUCUGCUUUAUGAGUUUUCAUCACUGUGAGAGUGUCUCUGAGAGGCAGGGGGAGGCAGCAUGGCCAAGGCUCUGCUGAAGAUACAGCGCUAUUUCCGCAGGAAACCUGUCCGAUUCUUCUCCCUCAUCCUCCUCUAUCUGACCGCCGGGAGCCUCGUCUUCCUGCACUCUGGCUUCGUCGGGGACAGCGGCCCUGGGGGCAGAGGGAGCCGGGACUCUGUGGUAGUUGCAGAGAUGGGCAGCCGGACUUCAUCAUCAGACACUCGAGGGCACACCAUCACGGGUAGAGUGUUUAAAGAGACGCGCAAGUCUGGCCGGAGGUAUGGCCCCCCCUGGAUGAAGAAAAGGAGCCAGGAGAGAGAGGUCAGGGGGGGAGACUACACCAGCAACUGGAACCGUGCACUUAAAGGACGCAAUGCCAAAGACAUGGACGAUGGAAGAGCGAAGUACAGCGGCUGCUACGUGGAUGACACACAGAAACGAGCGCUGAGAGGAGUUUCCUUUUUUGACUACAAAAAAAUGACUGUAUUCCGUUGCCAGGACAACUGUGCUGAAAGAGGUUACAUGUACGCAGGCCUGGAGUUUGGAGCCGAGUGCUACUGUGGUCACAAGAUCCAGGCGCCCAACACUUCAGAGAGCGAAUGCAACAUGGAGUGUAAAGGAGAGAAGAGCAACCUGUGCGGCGGAGCCAACCGACUGUCCAUCUAUAGGCUGGAGCUGAGCCAGGAGUCAGCGCGCCGCUACGGCAGCGCCAUUUUCAAGGGGUGUUUUCAACGGCCGGAAAAUGUCACGCUGGCGCUUCCUUUCAACGCAGUCAUCCACAACAUGUCCGUGGACAAGUGUGUGGACAUGUGCACAGAAAGGGAGAAAACGCUCGCUGUCCUGGCUGGAGAUCGAUGUUACUGCGGUUUCCCCACACACCUGUUCUCCCUUCAUGAGCCGGAGAACGAGGACAUGUGUCUGCACCGCUGUCACGGGGAGGAGUUUGAGAGCUGUGGGAACGACGAGUACUUUGUUGUGUACCAGACCCAGGUUCAAGAUAACCGCUGCAUGGACCGACAUUUCCUCCCCACUCGUGCUAAGCAGCUGGUGGCCCUCGCCAGUUUCCCCGGGGCUGGAAACACCUGGGCUCGCCACCUCAUAGAGCUCGCCACGGGCUACUACACCGGCAGCUAUUACUUUGAUGGCUCCCUUUACAAUAAAGGAUUUAAAGGGGAGCGAGACCACUGGCGGAGUGGGAGGACGAUCUGCAUUAAGACACAUGAAAGCGGCAAGAAGGAGAUCGAAACCUUUGACUCCAGCAUCGUCAUGAUCCGAAACCCCUACAAAGCCCUCAUGGCAGAAUUUAACAGAAAAUAUGGCGGCCACAUCGGGUUUGCCUCCCAGGCCCACUGGAAAGGGAAAGAGUGGCCCGAGUUUGUGAAGAACUACGCUCCGUGGUGGGCGUCCCACACACUGGACUGGUUGAAUUAUGGGAAGAACGUCCAUGUGGUCCACUUUGAGGACAUGAAGAGGGACCUGUUCUUACAGCUCAAGGGGAUGGUCCAGUUGCUGGGUCUGAAGGUCUCUGAGGACCGCCUGCUCUGUGUCGAGGGCCAGAAAGACGGAAACUUCAAGCGAUCGGGGCUGAGAAAACUUGAAUAUGACCCAUAUACGAGCGAGAUGCGAGCGAACAUCAAUGAAAUGAUCAGAACGGUGGACGUUGCCUUGAAGAAAAGAAAAAUGGCUGGAGUGCCAGCGGACUAUAUGCCAAGAUGAUAUCUGUGAUCCUCUCAUUUCCCUUUUUUCCUCACUUACUGGACUGUUCCGUUUUGUAGAGUUACAUCACUUAAAUAGUUGUUUUAAUUAUUUUUCUGUAAAGUCAUAUAGGUGGAAAUUGUAGUGAGAAGAAAUCAGUCUCUGUAACCUCCUAUUUUCAUUUUUUAUUCAUCCUUUUUUUAUUUUCUGAACUUCAGCAGCUUCAUGCAUCAGUAGAAGACACAGGUUAAACUAUGGAGGUUUGUUUUUCUCGUUGGCUCAAUGAAAAGAACAAAAAGCACUUCUUAUCCUGCUCUAUGCACAUGUGCUGUGUCGGCAUGUGCACAUGCCUUAAAAUGAAGACAGUACAACGCUGACUACAAAGAUCUGACUGUGCUGGGUGAUUUGUUGCCAGUGAAAUCAAACAUUUGACCCAAAAUAUUUAAUACAGUUCUGCAAAGUUUGUGUUGUAUGAGCUUAUUUACCGCAAAAGAGACGUAACUCUUAUGAGAAAUCAAAACAUAACAUUUCUGCUGCUAUCAGUGACAGAAUACUUCUAUUUUAUAGAUGAACUUCACUGAGAACCUGACAACUUUGAGCCCUUAUUUCGAGGGAAAAAUGCAAUAUGCAGGCUUUAAUUACCUGAUGACGAUACUGUGUGUUUCCAAGCUUUUUGUAAGUUAUUCAACUUCAGCUGUAUGUUAGAGAACUCAUGUUUUUUGAUGAUGAAGAGGUAAAAAAACUCAAUUCUCGGCUCCUCCUGUUCAAGAAGAAGAAUCUCUCUUGAAGGCACUGACUCAAAGAGAGAAGAGGAUUUAUCUCGACAGCAUCUAUUUAUGACUAAUUUGGUUCUGGAUUCGUUUUCUUGACACUGGACUCGAUGCAGAAAAUCCAAAAAGCACUUUGCUGUGCAACACUUGCCCCAAAGAUCACUGAGGAAUUAGGUAUUACAAUCACGUUAUGGACCGGAGGUUCUCAUUAGCCGUAGUGAUCCUUAUUUUUAGUUAAUCAUACAGAAUGUGAACAUUUUUAUUUUGUAUUGCUUUGUUGUAAGAAGAGCUAUGAAACAGUUAAAGCUGGUGAAAACAAAAGGCAGCACGUCUUAUAAUGGCUCUAUAUGUGCUACGCCAUAUGCAUAAAAAUAAACAAACAUACAAAUAAAUAAACAUAUAUAUAUACACAUACAUAUAUAUUAGCACUGGUGACUGAGAGACAGAAAACAUUAACUGACUUCCAUUUUCAAUAUGAUAUGAAUAUAUUUUUAUAGUGUGUGCUGAGACAUCAAAAAUAUUUGUAUUGCAACAAACAAGACGGGAGUCGUUUCUAUUUUUAACACAUGCUUUAAACUUUAUUGGCUCUCACUUUCAUUGACAAGCGGACACUCUCUGAACGUAGGUGUCACAUUUGAAUGUAUUUUCUAUGGAAUGAAUGUAAUGUGAUAAGCCCCAAUAAAUAAGUAUAUUGA